AUGCCUCCCCCUCUUCCGGUCGAAGAAAGCGACGUGGAGUCGGCCCCUGAAGAUGUCCAACCUACGAAAGCCGAGUCGGCUGAGACCAAUGAUGAACCCGCGGAUUCUACAAUGAAGGACAAGGAAGACGAAGAGGAUGAUGAUGAUGGAGAAGAAGAGGAUCCAGAAACCUUCAUUGUCGAAGCCAUCAAGGACCACCGCUCAGACUUCGAAGAUGGCCACAUGCGCUAUCAUGUCAAAUGGAAGGGUUACGAGAAGAAGGCAGACCGCACUUGGGAGACCGAGGACAAUCUCGAGGGCGCAAAAGAGAUACUGGAAGAGUACUGGAAAAACAUUGGCGGUAAUCCGGCUGUAGACCAGCCAAAGUCCAGCACCAAGAAACGAGGCCGUCAAAGCACAGGCGGAAAGAAACCCGAUACAGGGAAGCGACCAAAGAUGACCAAGUCAAGCCGAACAAGCAGCGGCAAAGGCAAAGGCAGAAAGAGCAAUGGAGCGGAUGAUAUGGAACAAGACGGCUCACCCGUCCCCCUCAUUGGCUACACGGAUGAAGGCGACGAUGACUGGAAGGCACCUCCAGCAAAAGACGGAGCGUGGGAUCCACUAGUCCAGUCCGUCGACACUGUGACACGUGAAAAUACUGACGGUGAGCUGUGGGGUUAUUUGAUAUGGAAUGCGAAGAACGAAGACGGCAGAUUCUACCGCUCGAAAGCGAAAUUGCCUGUCAUCUACCGAGCUUGCCCGCAGCGGAUGCUGCACUUCUACGAGAAGCACCUUGUCUUCUCAACGAGCGCGCCAGAUGCAGCAACAGAUGCGCCGGCGAAGGAGGAGGCCUCUGAAUAG